UUCAGCAUGUACCGAGCACUGAGUACCGGGAGGCAGAAGGGGACUCCAUCUCUGCGCAGGUUCCUUAGUGCCCUGGUUAUUGCAGAGCAUGACACCCAACAGGUGACACCGGUCACUCUCAGCGCCAUAACUGCAGCCAAGCGACUUGGGGCAGAUGUAUCCUGUUUGGUGGCAGGGACCAACUGCAGUAAGGUAGCAGAGGAGCUGGCAAAGGUACAGGGAGUGUCAAAACUGUUCGUAGCACAGCAUGAAUCAUACAAGGGAUUUUUACCAGAGGAGCUGACUCCAUUGGUUUUGGAAGCACAGAAGAAGUUCAAUUUCACUCACAUUUGUGCCGGAGCAUCAGCGUUUGGAAAGAGUCUUCUACCAAGAAUUGCUGCAAAGCUUGAUGUGGCUCCUGUAUCUGAUGUCAUUGAGAUUAAAUCUCCAGAUACAUUUGUGAGGACCAUCUAUGCUGGUAAUGCUUUAUGUACUGUGAAAUGUGAGGAGUCUGUCAAGGUGUUUUCUAUAAGAGGGACAUCCUUUGAGGCUGCUGAAACAUCAGGAGGAAGUGCAAGCUCAGACACAGUGGCUCCAUCUGCACCAGCUGGACUAUCUGAGUGGCUUCAUCAGAGUUUGACAAAAAGCGACCGUCCGGAGCUGACUAGCGCCAAGGUUGUUGUAUCUGGAGGCCGAGGUUUAAAGAGUGGAGAAAAUUUCAAGCUGUUAUAUGAUCUGGCAGAUCAGCUGAAUGCUGCAGUUGGCGCUUCCCGUGCUGCUGUGGAUGCUGGCUUUGUACCCAAUGACAUGCAGGUGGGACAGACAGGCAAAAUUGUUGCUCCUGAACUGUACAUUGCUGUUGGAAUCUCUGGAGCUAUUCAGCACCUUGCUGGGAUGAAAGAUAGCAAGACUAUUGUUGCUAUAAACAAGGAUCCUGAGGCACCAAUCUUCCAGGUGGCUGACUAUGGUUUGGUGGCAGACUUGUUCAAGGCAGUGCCAGAAAUGACUGAAAUACUUAAGAAAAAGUGACUUCUGCACUUGGAUGAAUAAGAGAUGCUUGUUUAAUCAUCAGUGAUCCAGCCAUAGACUGAAGUGCCGCACUCACCCACAGCACACUGAUCCCUGCAAAGUAAUGGAAUGUUGGCAAAUUAUUUUUGUAUAAGCUGCGACUGAUGUGUUCCAGCAAUACUUCUGCUGCUUCAAAAUUCUGGAUUAAAUAUUUGCUGUAA